UAAAUUUAUUUUUGUUUACCUUGAAAGUUGAUUUUGAUCGGGCCGGAGAAGAACGUUUCUCUUACUAUUAAUUCGUAAUUUUUCACCGUUUUUGAUCACGAUAAAGUCCGAUGGCUGCCGCCCAAGCUCCUCUACGUCCGUGGAACUCCGCUCUGCAGCAUAGCGACCGCGAGCGAUGGGUUUGCAUCUAUCCAGCCUACAUAAAUCGCAAAAAGACACGUCAGGAAGGUCGCCGUAUUCCGAAGGAAAACUGUGUCGAGAACCCAUCUUUUCAAGAGAUACGGGAUGUUCUGCAAGUGCUUAAUUUGAACGUGAUCGUCGAGAACAAGCUGUAUUCCCGAGAGAAAAGCAAGGAAUUAGCUUUCCGCGGAAGGAUCCGGGUUCAGCUGAAAAACAACGAUGGCAGCCCAGUGUCGAAAGAGUAUCCGACUAGGGACAGUUUACUGUUUUAUUUAGGAAAAACGAUACCGCAGCUUAAAGUUAGACAAGGAAAACCUAACGAACCAAUUCAACCUCAAAGCUCCUCUAGUGGAGGUGGCGGUGGUCAGUCCCAUAAGAAAGGCAAGGGUAAAAGGCGAUGAACCUGGAAUUGUAUACCCUGGAGUCAUCUCGUUGAGUUUAUUAUUUUUUAUGAAUUGUAAAACAUUUCAACAACAAAAUAUAUAAAUGAAUUUAACUAA